CCUCUGACAUAAUGCAAGGAUGAGGGUGCAUCUAUUCUCUAGUGUUGUGAUAAUAUAAAAAGCCAGAGGAACACUCCAUUCAGCACAGAUCCUCAGAGACAGCUGAGAACACAGCUUCUAGAGCAAGAGCCAAAAGGAAAUCGGAAGAAACCACUUCAUCUUGAGUAAACAUGACUUCCAAGCUGGUUGUGGCUCUCUUGGUAACCUGCCUACUUUCUGCAACUCUCUGUGAAGCUGCAGUUCUGACAAGGAUUGGCACGGAACUUCGAUGCCAGUGCAUAAAAACUCAUUCCACACCUUUCCACCCCAAAUACAUCAAAGAACUGAGAGUGAUUGAGAGUGGACCGCACUGUGCCAAUUCAGAAAUCAUUGUCAAGCUUGUUGAUGGAAGAGAGCUUUGCCUGAACCCCAAGGAAAAAUGGGUGCAGAAGGUUGUGGAGCUAUUUUUGAAGAGGGCUGAGAAUGAAGAUCCAUGAGAAAAAAAAAAGUGUUCUCCAUGGUAUCCAAGAAUUCUUCAGUAAAGAUGCCAAUGGAAUUUCAAACAGAUCUAAUUCAGCACUUCAUGUAUUGUGUGGUUGUGUCAUGAGGCUGCCAGAUGAAAUAUAGGAUGCCCAGCUAAAUUUAAAUUUCAGUAAAACAACAGAUAUUUUUUCAUGGCGUCAUGCAACAUGUAGGAUGUAUUCGUUUAAAACAACUGUUUGAAACUAUGUCAAAGUUUAGGAAUUAGAAUUGCUAGAAAUGUGAUAUUUCAAAAUUACAUAAAAAUGAUGGCACAAUGAUGUUUUCUAUAAAUCCAAAUUUAGCUGGAAAUCAUAGAUUUUUUUAUUUAUGAAAUCUGGCAGAUUCAUAUCUCAUCUGCAGACCAAGAUCCACGAAUCUUUGGUUUCUCCUUUAUUCCUAAACUGGGGAAAAACAUAUCAGUUUUUCCAUCCUACCUCACAGGGAUGUUUUGAGGACAUGUGGAAGCACUUUAAGUUCUUUUUGUGGUCAUGUUAAUUAUUUUCAAGUGUAACUUAUUCACCUAUUUAUUAUUUAUAUAUUUAUUUAAGCAUCAGAUAUAGUUAUAUUUGUGCAUGAAUUUGAAACAAUGGAAAAGGGAAAGAAAGAAUCUUGGUUGAUAAAAUAGUAUAAUGAUGUUAGAGUGAAUUUAUAUUUAUUGUAGAUAUUAAAUUUUGUUAUAUUAUAGAAAAUUUGAUCAGAAUUUCCAGACUUAGUGGGAAAAAAAGAUAAUCAGUUAAAAUUUAUUUAAUGUAAGCAACAAAUAAUGUUUCACUGUAGGUGUGUCAUUGUUACCUGAAAUUUUAGUUGAGCCGACAAUCCUAGUUUUGAUGAUCUUGCUCUUCCCUUGUUAUUGGUAGCUUGUUAGCAGUGCUAUGAUGAAUUACAGAAUCCUGAGUUAGGACUACUUUUCUCAAAACAGUCAAAUUUCAACAGUAAGCAAAGUAAUUUCUUAGUGACAAAAAUUUAUUUACAAUGUACAAAUAAAUUCUCAUAAUUUGAUUUAAAUUAUUGUUUUUUAACUACCAUUGUUUUUUUAAGAUGCUUUUAUGAAUUCCCAAAGACUUUUUUUCUACUAUGUAUGAUAUCAUGGA